AGCCAGGUGUCCGGCGGUUUGGGGCAUCACCAUGGAGUAGGAGAAAGGUUGAGUGAUACAGCAGGUCCUGACCGAAGAUUCAAUUGAACUAGAAAACUGGUUAUCAGUUUGUCUUUCAAGUGUGCGGCGAAUGCUUUGCUGGGACUCGGAAAAAAUAGGUCUACCAGAAAUGACAGCAGCAAACACAGACAAAACGUCCGACAAGGAGAACGACCCGGCAACUUGUGUAUCCCCAGCCGAGACCACCGCAGCUGGACAGGAUGGGGGCAGUCCGCCGCUCAAGUUCCAGUCGUACGUGAAUGGCAAUGGCAACGGGGUGUACAAGAUCAUCAAGACACUGGGCAAGGGCAACUUCGCCAAGGUCAAGCUGGCGAUCCAUGUGCCCACCGGAAGGGAGGUGGCCAUCAAAGUUAUUGACAAGACGGCCUUCAAUGCGAGUGCCCGUGAGAAGCUGUACCGCGAGGUGAAGAUCAUGAAGCUGCUGAACCACCCGAACAUCGUACGCCUCUUCCAGGUGAUCGAAUCGGAGAGAUCGCUCUACCUGGUCAUGGAGUACGCCAGCGGGGGCGAGCUCUUUGACCAUCUGGUGAAGAAUGGCAGGAUGCGGGAGCCGGAUGCCCGGAUACUCUUCCGCCAGCUGGUGUCCGCCAUCCAAUAUUGCCACAGCAAGUCCGUGGUGCAUCGUGAUCUUAAGGCGGAGAACCUUUUGCUGGACCAGCACAUGAACAUAAAGAUUGCGGAUUUUGGCUUCAGCAACACCUUCGACCCGAAUGCCCAACUGGAGACCUUCUGCGGCAGUCCACCCUAUGCAGCCCCUGAACUCUUCCAGGGUAAGAAAUACGGCGGACCGGAGGUUGACUCCUGGUCACUGGGAGUGGUGCUCUACACUCUGGUCAGUGGUGCCCUACCCUUUGAUGGCGCCACACUGAAGGAGCUGAGGGAGAGAGUUCUGCGAGGCAAAUACCGAGUGCCCUACUACAUCUCCAUAGAUUGCGAGCAUCUGAUUAGGAAAUUUCUGGUCCUGAAUCCCGCCAAGCGUACUACCCUUUCGGCAGCCAUGUCGGACAAGUGGAUUAACCAGGGUCACGACGAGGGCGACAGGUUGAGACCUUUUCAGGAAAAGCCCAUGGAUCUGCAGGAUUUCCAUCGAUUGGACUUGCUGGUGAGCAUGGGUCACAAGCCUUGUGAUGUGGAGAAGUCACUGGUGGGGCAGCAGUUCGAUGAUAUCUACUGCACCUAUAUGCUCUUGGAUGUGGCUAAGCCCCGAUCACCGAAACGCUACGUAAAACCGGUGACUUCUUCGGGGAAUUUGCCUACAUCUUAUCCAGUAAGCAGUCGGAUUCCUAUUCCAAAAACUGCCGCCAAUGUCACCAUUACGCAAUUGACCCUCGCACUGGAAAAGAGUCUCCUCAACGUCUCGGCCUCCGCCUCCAGUCGACCAAUGGCUCCUCGCUUGGCGAAUGCCCUCAUCACGCCCACUUUGACGCCGCCUCCGGUUCCUCCUAAAUUAAUUCCCCGCAAAACCUGCAAGGCCACUAACCCUCUGCGUGAUGUUCCCAGGCGCUCCGAACCCGCGAGCUUCCCACAAACUCCGCUGACCAAGAAGGGAGCCAGUGCCUCAGUGGACGUCAAGCCCACUCUACUGAGCGCCCAGCGAAGGCUGACCCAGGCCCAGAAGAUGGCCAGCACUCCAGCCCGCUCUCAGCAGUCCGGUUCCCAGGCAUCCACUAGACCAGCCACUUAUCUUCCCGGGAAGUCAGAGCCUGCAGCCACGCCCCUCAAGGUGCUCAAGUCGCCCACCAAUCUCCAGACCCCAAGCUCCUUCUCCCCCGAUAUCAGCAAACGCAGCUCGCGCGUGGGCUUCUUCUCCAAGCUUUCCGCCCGCUUCGGCCGAAGGACGAUCCAUGAGGACGAGAAGGACAUCGCGGAGCAGCGCAAGAAUCUUUAUAACCGCAAGUGAUACAACAGACCCUGCCCCCAAAACGGACGAUCGACCUUGUGUCUAGUUGGUAUUUUUAAUGAAAACGACUAAAAUUUAGUAUAACAAAUAAAUGUUGACUUAAUGGAUAUGCAAAAAUAUGUGUUACGAGCUGAGGUGAUCGUUCUGAACUGAUCUUGAAACUUGACUGUCGAAACCAUUUAUAUUAACGUAGACGAUCGCUUUACCAUUUUAAUAUUUACGUUUUAUAUACUAGAACUAGUUAAACCAAUAAAUCUUAAUUAGUAUAAAUGUGAAAUGAA